GCUGCCUCUCCCCUUUCUCCCUCUCUUCUCUUUUCCCUCAGUGUCUCACUUCUCUGGUCGACUCGUUCACUGGAUUUCUCCGUGAGCUAAAGAAGAAGGAGGUGAAGAGAAGGAAGAAGAGGAGGAGGUAAAGAGGAUGUUUGCGGAGCUGAACCUGGGCAAUUAAGUGCUGCAUCGGAAAGGCAGAGAGAAAAAUUGGAGGUGAAGAAGAAGAAGGAGAAGGAGAGCAGACCGAGGAGAGGAGGAGGAGGAGGUGGGAUAUUUUGGGGAAAGCAAGUGGAGCCACUGAGCUGCAGAGACGAGAGAGGAGAAGAGGAAGAAGUGAGUGAAGAGUGGAAGAAAGUUAUCAGGAAGAUAAACAGAAAACAGUAAGAGAAGAAUAGAGAGAGAGAGAGACGAAAGAGGAGAUAGGUGUGACAUCAGCAGCAGACAGGUGAGACAGCUCGGUGAGCCACGAUGGACAAAGUGGAGCGGGUGAUGAAGAUGGUGAAGAGGAUGUCGCCGAGGAAGAAGAGGAGAGAGGGAGGAGGAGUAAGAGGAGGAGGAGGACCGGGAGAGCUGGAGAGCCCGGACACCCUGUGUGACGAACUCUGCCGCUUCAGCCUCUGCAUCAGCGAUGACGGACCGUACGGGAAAACAAAGGACAUCUCUGGACCUGAACAAACCAUGGCCUCAAGAAGACACAGUAUACCAGAAGCUCUGCGGGGGGUGACCAUGGUGGAGCUGGUGAAGAAAGAAGGCAGCACGCUCGGCCUCACCAUCUCAGGAGGAACCGACAAGGACGGGAAACCGCGGGUGUCCAACCUGCGGCCCGGAGGACUGGCAGCCAGGAGCGACCAGCUGAACGUCGGCGACUACAUCAAGUCUGUGAACGGCAUCAAUCUGACCAAACUGCGGCACGAAGAGAUCAUCAGCUUACUGAAGAACGUGGGCGAGAGAGUUCUGCUGGAGGUGGAGUACGAGCUGCCCCCCACAGCACCAGACAGCACCUCAGGGGUCAUAUCAAAGACAAUCGACAUCUGUUUGCACAAAGAGGGGAACAGCUUUGGUUUCGUCAUGAGAGGUGGCACACAGGAGGACUGGCACAGGUCGCGCCCCCUAGUGGUCACUUACGUCAGGCCAGGAGGUCCUGCAGACAGGGAGGGCACGCUGCGUCCCGGUGAUCGUCUCCUCAGUGUGGACGGCGUGCCGCUGCACAACGCCAACCACAGCGACGCCCUCAUUGUGUUGGCACAGUGCGGCCAGGAAGCCCUGUUCCAGAUUGAGUACGACGUCACCAUCAUGGACACGGUCGCCAACGCCUCCGGUCCGCUGUUGGUGGAGAUCGCGAAGUCGCCGGGGGCAACCCUGGGCAUCACGCUGACGUCGGCCAAUCAUCGGAACAAGCAGGUUAUCGUCAUCGACCGGGUGAAACCUGGCAGCGUGGUGGACAGAUGUGGAGCGUUGCAUGCUGGGGAUCACCUGCUGUCCAUAGACGGGACGUCGACAGAGCACUGCACAGUCCUGGAGGCAACGCAGCUGCUAGCGAGCACAACAGAACUGGUCAAACUGGAAAUGCUCCCUUCCCAUCAAACAAGGCUGACUGGGAAACAGCACGACACAGUGAAGGUUCAGAAGUCGGACCACCCCCACGCCUGGGACCCCUGUGUGAACUACUGUCACCCUCCAAACUCCACCCUCUGCAACACAAGCUCCACCCUCAACAAGUCGUGGACCGCCUCCAACAACAACACCAUCAACAGCCUCGACUACUGCAAGUCUCUGGUCUCUGCCAGCUUCUCUCCCGGCUCCACGACCACGUCGGGCCCCAGCAGCCAGAGCUCCAGCACCUUGCCCCGGCCUACAGUUCCCAUGAGUCCACGCAACUCGCUGCUGAAACGACGGCAGAGGAAGAAAGAGCACAAAAGCUCCUUGUCGCUGGCGUCCAGUUCUGUGGGUCCGGGCGGUCAGGUGGUUCACGUGGAGACCAGCGAGGUCGUCUUAACGGGCGACCCGCUCAACGGCUUCGGCGUCCAGCUGCAGGGAGGAAUAUUCGCCACUGAAACUCUGUCUGCACCUCCUCUCAUCAGAUUCAUCGAGCCAGACAGCUCUGCAGAGAGGUGCGGCCUGCUUCAGGUCGGAGACCGCCUCCUGUCGAUCAACGGAAUCCCCACGGAGGACGGGACGCUGGAGGAAGCCAAUCAGCUUCUCCGAGACGCGGCUCUGACCAACAAGGUGACACUGGAGAUCGAGUUCGACGUGGCAGAGUCAGUGGUCCCCAGCAGCGGCACUUUCCACGUCAAACUACCGAAGAAGAGAGGAGUGGAGCUGGGCCUCACCAUCAGUGCCAGUAAGAAGACAGGAGAGCCCCUCAUCAUCUCUGACAUCAAGAAGGGCAGCAUGGCCCACAGAACAGGCACGUUGGAGCCGGGUGAUAAGCUGUUGGCCAUCGACAACAUCAGACUGGAGAACUGCUCCAAAGACGACGCCGAGCAGAUCCUGCAGCAGUGUGAGGAGCUGGUCAAACUAAAGAUCCGCAAGGACGAAGACAACUCAGAUGAGCAGGAGACAUCAGGCAGCAUCAUCUACACGGUGGAGCUGAAGCGGUACGGAGGCCCUCUGGGUAUCACCAUCUCAGGCACCGAGGAGCCUUUUGACCCCAUCACUAUAUCUGGACUAACCAAGAGAGGCCUGGCCGAGAGGACAGGGGCGAUUCAUGUCGGGGAUCGGAUCCUGGCGAUCAACAGCGUCAGUCUGAAAGGGAAGCCGCUGAGCGAAGCCAUCCACCUGCUGCAGAUGGCCGGAGAGACGGUGACACUCAAGAUCAAGAAGCAGCUCGACAAUUUGGAGGAGAGGAAAGAGGCAGAGAUCGAAGACACGACAGAGAACGAGCUCAGUGACCCUGAGGAGGACGAUUUGACCGACAGCCAACAGACCAACAAGCUCUCCGAGCUUUACUCCACCACCAUCCCCAGCGUGGACUCGGCCAUGGAGUCGUGGGACGGCUCGGGGCUGGACGCCGGCUACGGCAGCCAGGGUACGUACACCAACCAAGCAGCUGGUAUCGCUCUCCACCCUCACGAGUGGCGCAGUGCCAAGCAGCAGCGCAGCACCACGCCUCCUCCUGGACGCCGGAAGAACUACCCCUUCAGCGAUGGGGGGUUCAGUGAGGACGACUGGGACAAACCACCAGGAUUUAUAGGCCAACAACCAGACGGUAUUCUGUUGGAUCCAGAUGACAGUUUCUGGUGUCAGGCGCUCGAGGAUCUGGAAACCUGCGGCCAAUCAGAGCUCCUCAGAGAGAUAGAGGCGUCCAUCAUGACAGGCACGGCCAUCAGUCUGGGCGUAGACGGCGUCAACAAGCCUCCAGCUGAGCCCAUACUGAGCCACAGCAGGAUGAGCCCCUUGCGGAGAAACUCUCUCCUGCACCAGGGGAACCUGCUCCACCAGGGGGCUCAUCUGCACGAGGAGGCCCACCUGCACGAAGAGGCACAACUCCACCAAGACGCCCACCUGCACCAGGAGGCCCACUUCAACCAGGAAGCCCACCUCCACCAGGACAACCAGUCCCCUCUCCUGCACCACGAGCCCAAGCCCAAGGCCUCGUUGAGAGUGUCGGAGAGAACGUGGGAGUCCCGUCGGAUCAAGGAGGAGAUGCAGGGGAUUCUGUCACCGACGCCUCUGGAGCUGCACAAAGUCACAGUGAUAAAGGAUCCAGAGAGCGACGACUUCGGCUUCAGCGUGUCGGACGGUUUCCUGGAGAAGGGCGUCUACGUCAACAUGAUCAGACCUGACGGGCCGGCCGACCGAGCCGGACUCAAGCCCUACGACAGGAUCCUGCAGGUGAACCACGUGAGGACGAGGGACUUUGACUGCUGCCUGGCGGUGCCUCUCAUCACGGAGGCCGGAGACAGACUGGAGCUGGUCAUCAGCCGCAACCCACUGGCCAACGAUGAACCAGAGGACAAUAACAACACUUUAGACCACCCAUUAGACCUGUAACACACACACACACACACACACACACACACACACACACAGACACACACACACACACACACAUGCAUUCACUCUGUCACACUCAGGCAGGAGACUUCCUAUAAGUGGUGAUGAAGUAUAAACUUAUAUCUACUGGACUGGCCCAAAUACACACACACACACACACAUACACUCCAUCGGCUUGCAAUAAUUCUACUUAAACACAAGACUCCUCCAGUAACACACACACACACACACACACACACACACACACACACACACACACACACAUAAACACUUGCAUGCCCCUCCCAUUUACACCGGGUUGAACUGCAGACUCACUAACUUGGCACUUUAACCAGCCAUUUAAUCUGACUCUUGUUUUUUCACUUAGAACAAAUGAAUAAAAAUCUGUAAUUUGAGUGAGGUCAUUUCAGCUGUUUUUUAACGCCAGGCCGCAGGUUUAUAGAAAUUUCCAGUGACGGCUCCAGAAGGAUCUGCCUUAUUACACAAUAUUGAGAUUUCAAGUGAAGCUGAAUCGAUGAAAACAGAAAUCGCCUCGCUCAGGUUUUCAGAUUUUAUUUGUUUUAAGAAACGCUAACGAGACUCAGCGGAACAUACUCACCUGUUCAUGAAGGAGCUGUCUUUUAUAUUGUGUCUGGCUGUGGUCUGUACAGAUGUAGCCGUUGUAGAAGUCCAUAUUGCUGCUAAGAGUCUGCUGCUCCCAGGAAAAAGGUCACGUUUAGCUCUUUGUCCAGCUGUCGCACGAGGCCGCACUUCUGUACCUGACACCACUGCACAUCAUGAGCUCAGCACGCUGUGGUUUAGAAUAAUAUUAAUAAUGAUAAUAAUUAUAAUCUGAAUUUGUGACAUCAUUACAAGGUGAUGACAGUGAUGUCAUCACAACUGCCAAACAUUUUUUGGUUGAGUGUAAACGGUUGAAGGGAAGGGACUGCUCUCGUCUCCUGAGGGCAACGAAGGCGACUUUUUGCUGCAACACAUUUGGGCAGCUGUGCUCGUGGAGACGCCCCCCGGAGAAAACUGUGUUGCCAUCAGAAGAACAUCGUCCCGCAACAUCGAGAGAUUUUUGACCCUUUUUUGUUUUUUGUUUUUCCUCUUUUUGCCGCCUGCUGAGAGAGACACCCGGUCCGUCCGAGAGCGCCGGGCUCAUAGAGUCAGAGAGCAGUAGCUACUGUAUCGAGAUCAUGACUGGGGUUGAGGUUCAGCAUGAUCACCAAUAACACCUAUUUAUGCAUUGAAGGUGCUGUGUGUAGCAUACCAGCGUACCAGACCUUGGUUGUCAUGGUUACAAUAAUAAACACUCAGACUGUACCGUGUGCAGCGUACCUACCUUCUUAACCGUGGUUACUAUAAUAACUGUCAUGUCCUGGUUAGGUUAAGGAAAAGAUGGUGAUUUGAAUUACAAUAAGUAGUUACUCAACAUUAGAUGAACUUUGUUGUCAUGGUUACAGUAAUGACAACGAACGGUCAUGGAUAAUAGAAACAACAUAAACUGCUACUUUCAGAUGAGAAUCGAACACAACCUCCUCCUGACGAGGACUCUGUCUCUCUUUAUACCACGUCACCGACACUUUUCCCUUUGCUCCUGUCAUCAUUACUACGACCACUAGAUGUCGCCUAGCAACAAAACUUAACUAUGAUGUCAUAAUAACCUGCUGCUUACAUGAGGAUGGUCUCAAGUAAAGCCUUGUUCCUCAAAAACAAACACAUCUAAAGCUUGUGACUGUCUGGAGAAGCUGAUAUGAACAUGUUUAUCCAACAUUGUUAAUUGUUACAGUAAACCAUAAAUGUAUUAUAUAAGGUACAUUUGUAAUAACCACUGGCGCUCAUCAGAUUUUUCACCAGGGCAGGAAACAUCAACACUUAAAGCCAGUGCUGACUCAACAGAACUGAAGAGCCACAGGUAAUAGCAACGGUAGCCUCUUAGCAAAGGUUGGCAGCAUCAGCAACAACGCUAUUUCCUGCAAAAUGCAAUUUAAUAUUAAAGCUUUUGCUCUUAAAACUAGCAAGUACGCUAAAAUUUACAAGCAUAACUAAGCAUGUUUAGCAUUAUUGAUAUUGAGUGUACAUUAUUCUAUGACUACAUACACAGGUAGGUCAUUAGUCGCACCUAUCUCACAUCUCUUUAGCUCACCAUUGUGAAAAACAAGCAAAGUAAAGCAAGUAACAUCCUCUUUUCUCUAGGAAGCAACAAAAUUCACAGGUAAUCCAAACUCCCCGUGCGUUAACUGUUGCUAUGACAACUAAUUUUCCCAGUUGUGUUUAAAAUGCUACACACAGCACCUUCAGAUGAUGUCUGUGUAUCAACCACGAAUACUUACUGUUACUGCUGUUUGGCUUUGUAGAGAAGACCGGCCCUGUCACAGCUCAGAGAUCACGAACAUAGUUAAUGACAUCGUCUGCAAACAGGCAGAUAAAAUUCAUCAGGAGCUGAUGAAGCACAGAGCUGUUAAAGAAAGUCACACACACACACACACACAUUCUUAAAGAGGAGGGCCAGAAUGCAGUGCAGUUUGUAUGUGUGUAUGUGUGUGUUUGUGUGUGUGUCAUUGUGUAUUUGUCUUAACCUUUGUUUGUGUUUCUGGGUGUUUGGUUUUAUUUAUGAUGUGCAUGUACAUGCGUCAGUAAAUUUUGUACUUAAUUACGUUAGUACAGACUUUGGUACAGUCGCUUUAGGGAGGGAUCGUCACUUUACAGCCAGGAUACAGAGGAAUGAUGACAGCAACCAAUAACUCUUUCAACAUAUAUAUAUAUAUAUAUAUAUAUAUAUAUGGAGUUGUGAAGUUGAAGGGGCAGUGAAGUGUUUUUUCUGAUAUCCUUAGUAUUACCCACCUCUUUUAAUCAUUUCUGAGAAAUCAUGUUUUGUAAGUCAGUUUAGUUUGGCAGAUUGUUCCUAAUACUACAAUACCCAUGAGCCUUUGUUGCUAUUGCUUUAAGGACAAAGCCAAACAGAAGAGCAAGUUGGAGCUGCAUCAAAUUCAAAACUCUUGGUUGUUGCGGUUGAGAACAAAACUCAACGCCAUAGUUGAUGAAUUCAUCCAAAACUUGAGAGUUCAGAAGUUGAACUGAGGUGUGAUUGCAGUGGAACAUUUUGUAACGAGGCUUGUACUUUUGACUUUAUGUCCAAAGAACCAGAUAUAUUCCAACACAUUUGCUCAUCUUUUGCAUGGACCAUUCAACCAUUCAUCUUUGGAGGCAAUAGCUGUGUCCCAAUUCAGGGGCUUCGUCAUUCAGAGGCAGCAUUUAAAGACCGAGUGCGUCACAGCGGCGCAACUAGACAGUCCCAUUUCAAAGACGGGGCAACGAAGGCUCCAAAGGGUGGAUCCUUCGUGGACCGACCUAUCGCCAAGAUUCACUGCACGCCGGUAAUGAGGGCAAACAACAGUGACAGAGAGCCUGAGGAUUACACUGUUAAAUCUAAGUAUUGGGUUUCAGCUCAGUUCAACAGCUAACAGUACAACUGUUAAAGCCAAGGACUAUUUAUUAGGUGUUGCCAAGGUUGCUAGGCGACAGGAGUCACACUUUGCGAUGCAACGACCGGCACAGCUGGUGAUGCAAAGCGAAAAUCCUCGGUAGACCAGACCGUCUCAUUUUGGUUCGGCCUUCGCGGUCUGUGAAGGACCACACCUUUGUAGACCACGUCCCCUGAAGGAUGAGGCUCCUAAAUUGGGACACAGCUAAUGCAAGGUACACCAAACAGCUCCUCCCACUUUGCAGCUCUAUGGAUUGUGGGUAUUGUAGUAAGACAAACUUUCAGUCUGUUUGGUAACAGCAGAGAUUCCUUCACCUUCUGUUUUUCAUAAUUUUCUCUUAUAUCUGCCAAAACUUUCUUCACCCCCAAUUAUCAGUGGAUCAACGGAGAGAGACUGGCUGCUGCCGCUCCCUUCCUUCUGCAGCUGCAGGAGAGAAAGAGUGUAGACGGGUCGGAGGGUUACGUUCAUACAUGUUCCUGUGUGACAAUAGAGAGAACUAAUAAUAUGGUGUGUGUGCAAGAAACGUGAGACAAUUCAUGCAACAUAUGGGAAUAAUACAUGCGAGUGUGUGUGUGUGUGUGUGUGUGUGUGUGUGUGUGUGUGUGUUGUGUGUGUGUGUGUGUGAGAGAGAGAGAGCGAGAGAGAGGACAGAAUCGCCUUUGUCCUCUGAAGGGUUGGAAAACUGACAGGAACAAUCACAACCUCUGUUCUCUCUCUCACUUAGUUUCUGUGUCUCUCGCUCUUUCCUCACAUUGUUACAUAAUACAGUUAGAAUCCAGCUGCACCCUUAGAGAACACUGUGUGUGUGUGUGUGUGUGUGUGUGUGUGUGUGUGUGUGAAUGAGGGAGGCUGUGUGUGCUCAACUCUGUAUCGUAAUGUGUGGGUCAAGGUUUCUCUGUGUUACUAUAUACAUGAGUGUUUACAUGUGUGUAUCAAUGGACGGGUGUGUUUUCUUUUUUCCACUUUUGAGCAUGUAUGAGCAUGACUGAGCUUGUGAGCAUGUGUGUGUGGGUGUGUGUGUGUGUGUGUAUGAGUGUGUGUGUUAGACAGAGAGGGAGCCAGGUGGUGUACAUUUCAUUGUACAGUGGUGAUAUUUUUCAGGGCUGUUUGCGAAACCCUGAAGAGACUGAAAACAGUAUAAACUCAGUUUUUGUGAGCAAAACCAGAGAAAGACAAGUUUGUCAUAGAUAACAAAAAAGGGACUUUAACCUCUCUCCAAGCACUUACUACAAAAAGAGAAGCACACUGUUGAAUACCAUGCACUGUAAGUAUUUUCAUGUACAACGGAACAAACUUGUCUGAGUGUUUUUUUACGCAAUAUCAAGUGGCCAAAAAAAAAAAAGAAUAGAAAUGUUUUUGUAAAGCAACAAAAAAGAGAAAAGCCUUCUAAAUUGUUUUGUUGGUUUUUAUGUAUGUAUGUAUGUAUGUAUGUAUGUAUGUACAUACGUAUGUGUGGUCAUCCAUACUCCCUAUGCAUUUCUGGGUCAAAGGUCAGUUUAAAGCCCAAUCCGGAACCGUAACAGAAGUCCCACGGGAAGGUGAAGUUUUUAAGAAAAUAAAACAAAAAAAAGUGUUUAAUGCAAUAAAUGUAACAAGUUGCGUGUUCACAGUCACGUGGUUGAAAAUGUAAACAUGAAAAAGCAUUAAAUCACCGUGGCAACGAAGGACCGACACUGCAAUCGUUUCAAAUUAUAGUAACAGAUUAAUGAGUAACUGAUUAUUUGAAUGUGGUGGAGAAAUGCUCGUGAUUUUAUGACCUUUUUUUUUUUUUAUUAUUUAAACGGAUUGAAACGGAUGUCAUUAUGUUUGGCAAGUUAUAACAUAAUCUGGCAUUUAUUACAUCAUCAGCUGCAGUGAGGCACUUUCACGUCAAAUACACACUUAAAUUUUUUUUUAUUUUUUUUUUAUCUAUUGUUCAUCUUAAAACUUCAGUAGGUAACCUUUAUAAAAACUAAAUAUUUGCUGAAACUGUCACUAUAUCACGACCUGGGAAUGAGCCUAAAGCUUAAAGAAGAACCCAGUGUCUGACCAUGAGGAUGCCAGUUCAAAUCUCUCGACCAGUAAAGAAAACCAGGCUGGAGAAAGGGACUGAGCUGCAUUCCUCUUUCCUCUUAAUGGCAGCAGGACAUUACUGUGUGUUUUUAUAAGUUCCCAUUGGAGAUGGAGCACAUGUUGGGGUUUCUGCUGAGUGACUUAUCAUUGUGUAAUGUAAGCCAGUCAUUCAUUCAUUGUUUUAAUUUGGAGUCUUGUCAGCUAACCAUUAGCUUAACUUAAAACCUAAUUCAGCUUCCAACCUAGAUACAGUUAGCUAACUGUACUAGUCAGCUGACCAUUAGCUUAAUUUACAACCCGGACACUGUUAGCCAACUGACUGUACUGCUAAGUCAGCUAACAAUUAGCUUAAUUUACAACCCAGAUACUGUUAGCCAACUGACUGUACUGCUAAGUCAGCUAACAAUUAGCUUAAUUUACAACCCGGACACUGUUAGCCAACUGACUGUACUGCUAAGUCAGCUAACAAUUAGCUUAAUUUACAACCCAGAUACUGUUAGCCAACUAAGUCAGUUAACUAGCUAGCCAAAAUGACGAGUCAUUACUGUAAACAUGAAUUUAAACUUCUAUUCUGGACUUUCAGCCAACUGUAACUGUGACUCUACAAAGGGAAAAUAAAGUCUUGUUGCAUAUUUACAAAUCAGCAGAUUAGUUGGUCGUGCGACUGUCUCCAAUCUUUGCCUCACAUUUCUGAUAAUCACAUCAGAGCUUGUGGCAUAAAGGCCUGUUACAUUCGUAUUGUUUUUCUGCUUUAUUUUAACAUUACGUCCUCUUAAAACAUGAAUUAACAAGUGUCAUCAAACCACAUUAUGGUUCCGGAUUGGGCAUCUAAUAAUGUAUGCGGUGAUAUUGUGUAUUUUUUUCAGAUUGUGUAAAGUUCUAUUCUAUGUAAUAUAGUAUUUUUCUAUGACGGUAUUACUCUUCCGAAACAUGGGAAGAAAAUACAAAACAAAACAAAUUAUAAAAAGGGAAAAUAAAAUGUAUAACUUUGUCGUGGUUGUCGUUUUGUUUUUUUCAUUUUCUAUGAAACAAAGAGUGUACUGCUAUACUUCUCUUUUUGAGAAGAACAUGAGAAAAGAUCAAAAAUUAGAAAAAUAAAAUGUCUAAUUUUA